AUGAACGGCGCUGAAUGCAUGUUCGGACACGGGCAGACGCAAGCUCCCUUUGGCUUCCAAGCCAAUGGCGCACCAGUCCCAUGGGCGGAGAUUUUUUCUCGGCACGAGGCCAUACUCAACUCGCACCUUGAGAUGCUCAGUGCAGUGAAGGGUCAAAUCGCGCCAGACAGCGAAAUGUUCCGGACAGUGUCCUCCAUGGUGACCAAGACGAUCCAAGCGAUGAAUCAGUCUAAAGUUGCUCGAAAGCAAAUGCCCAACCGAAAAUCAUCUGAAAACGUAUUCAAUACUCCCCGCUCCUCAUCCUCCGCACCCAAGAUGAAUGCACAACCCGCCGCCACCCCGCAAUCAACGGAUACAGAGACUAGCAGCCGUAAGAAGAGAUCCAGAACGGAGAAAGUGGACACGGCUAUGCAGUAUCAACCUCCAACGCCAGAAGAUGAUCCCCGAGCUCCCAAACGGCGGCGUGAUCUGGCCGAAGAAGAUGCUCGAAGUACACACUAUGCCUCGUCCGGUUCCCAGGAAACAGAAGACAUAUCCGCAGAAGUUCAGAGACGCCUUAAAAUCAGGGAAGAGAGGCGGCGCAAGAGAGAAAAUUCCAAACCAGAGAAGCGCAAGCGCGAGAGUCUCAUAUCGAAUGACAACGAAUCGCCUGCUGGACCGUAUCACAGGAAGAAGCGUGCACGGCGGAUGAGCUCCGAUCUGAAGAGGCAUGGAGGACCACUGGUAGACAAGGAGACAGACGGGAGCACAAAACGAGUGAAGAAAUCACACAAUGGAGGCUAA